AUGGCUAAUAAUCGAUUGCAAGAGUUAGACAAAUUGCAUCAACAGCAUCGAGAUGCUUUGAAGGAAGUUGAAAAACUUAAGAUGGAUAUACGUCAACUUCCAGAGUCUGUGAUUGUAGAAACAACCGAGUACAAAUGUUUACAAUCACAAUUCUCAGUGCUUUAUAAUGAAUCUAUGCAGUUGAAAACCCAACUUGAUGAUACACGUCAACAGUUGCAAUCUAGCAAAAAUUCACAUUUACGUCACAUAGAAAUGAUGGAGAGUGAAGAACUAAUGGCUCAAAAAAAAUUGCGUGGUGAAUGCAUUCAACUAGAAGAUGUAUUAGCCCAAUUACGCAAGGAAUAUGAAAUGUUACGCAUUGAAUUUGAACAAAAUUUGGCUGCAAAUGAACAAACUGGUCCAAUAAAUCGUGAAAUGAGACACCUCAUUACAUCUUUGCAAAAUCAUAAUCAACAGCUAAAGGGUGAAGUACAUCGUUAUAAACGUAAAUACAAAGAAGCAUCAACUGAAGUUCCUAAGUUGAAAAAAGAAAUUGAGGAUCUGACAGCAAAACUAGGACAACAAGUUGCUCAGGAAAGUAAAGAAGGUAAUAGUUCAGAUGGUAGCGGAAAAGAAGAAGACUCAUCAACUUAUCUAUCGGGAACAAUUCAGAUAAAAGACGAAGGAAUUACUGUCAUGAAACGAGAAUUAGCCAUCGAUGAAGAGAUGGAUUUUACCGAAAAAAGUGAAGGUGAAAGUAAAAGUACUACUGAUUCUCAUUCAUUAUUUCUGUCUUCUAUAAAAAAAGAUAAAGAUAUAAAACGUGAAAAAGAUGUUAGGAAAGAUGCAAUUGUAAAAGUUGAUCAUAAAGAAAAUACAUUACAUCGAAUUAAGGAUUCAAAAGGUAUUGAGUCAGAAAUCGUUAGAGACUUGAAAGCACAAUUAAAAAAAACGGUCAAUGAAAUGAAAGAAAUGAAGCUUUUACUUGAUAUGUACAAAGGUGUAGGAAAAGAACAACGUGAUAAAGUUCAAUUAAUGGCAGCCGAACGAAAAAUUCGAACUGAAGUCGAAGAAUUACGUCAACAGCUGAAAAAAAUCCAAGUAUGA